AUGUCGAAACCAAAUCCCUUCCUAAACCUCUUCCGGAGGUACUACUCCCAGCAGCCCUUCAAAGCGACCGCCCAAUCGCGCGCCCGCCCCUCCCUUCACCCACAAUGCCUCCGCCAACGCUUCAUCCUCUUCCGCCGCAACCUGGGCGGCGCGCCCAACAGCGGCCACACCCCCCUCGACCCCUCCUUCGUCUCGAUCCUCGAUCGCCCCGCCAAAAUGGCGCGUGUCGGUAAACAACACGGGCCCGGCCUCAUUAUUCUCGCUAUCAUCCCGAUCACAGCCUUCGUGCUAGGAUGCUGGCAGGUACAACGUCUAGGCUGGAAAACGGAGCUCGUCGCGCGGUUUGAAGACCGCUUGACGUUUCCGCCGUUGGAGCUGCCGCUGAGAAUUGACCCCGAGGCGAUCCCAGAUUUCGAUUACAGGAGAGUGUACGCAAAGGGACGGUUGAGGCAUGAUCAGGAGAUGUUGAUCGGGCCAAGGAUGUUAGAUGGAGAGGAGGGGUUUACGGUUGUGACGCCGUUGGAGCGGGAGGAUGCGCAGGGGAAUAAGAGCAAGAUUCUGUGCUGUAGGGGAUGGAUCAAGAAAGAUACUGUAAAACAGUGGUUUAGGAAGAAGAAUGGGGCGCUGCCGGAAGGGGAGGUUACGGUGGAGGGACUACUGAGGGUACCCCCGAAAGGAAACAUGUUUACGCCGACGAAUAUUCCUGAGGAGGGGAAGUGGUUUUUCCCGGAUGUGGAGGGGAUGGCGAGGUGGACGGGGAGCCAGGCUGUGUGGGUGGAGGAGACGAUGGUGCCGGAUUUGCUCGUCAAUUACGAGCGUGAGCCCAAGGGCAUACCCAUUGGACGGGCGCCGGUCGUAAACCUGCGCAACAACCACACACAGUACAUCUUCACAUGGUAA